AUGAUGUCCUGUGGCCGCAGAAUUGCGACCUUUGCGUCGGCCCGCCCGCGCUUCGUUGUCCGCGCAUACUCCUCGACUGUGCCCCGUCUGAACGAGAACCCGAUCCAAGUCAACGACCCGACCCCGCGGAAGCCCACGGCGAAUGUCUCCGCAACCAAUGCCGUGCCCACCGAAGAGUUUGGACGUCAGCUUAACGACGGUACUCUCCAGGAGUCCCCCGAGGUUGGCGAGCGCAUCCGGAGCAUGCAGGCCCCGAACCGCGCUACCACCUGGGCCGCCAGCCAGCAGCCGCGCGAGAAGGCCAUGGUUGGACCUCGCUUUGAGCAGACAAUUAUGGAGAGCCAGCCGCAACCAUAUGCCGCUAUCGAGCUCAUUCACAGACAGCCCGUCCGCUGGACAAAGUCCAGGGUCGUCAGCUGUGAUGGUGGCGGUGGUCCUCUCGGCCACCCCAAGGUCUUCAUUAACACCGACAAGCCCGAAAUCGCUACGUGCGGAUACUGUGGUGUGCCCUUUGCCCAGGAGCAGCACCGCGCUUACUUGAAGUCUCUGCCCGCCACCAGCUACCCCCUCGAGCCCACCGGUGAUGCCGCCGAGGUGAACGAGUCCCAGCGUGUGACAGAGGGUGGCUUGGAGCAGCGAUAG